AUGUCAUCUUUAGGUAGUCAAGACGUCGCUGCUGAUUUUGAAUUGCUGCUGGCAAAUGGGAUAACGCACAUAUUAAACGUGUCGUUUGAUGUUCCAAAUUACUUCGAGAAUCAUUUUACGUAUUUGCAUUGUCCUUUGCUUGACGACGAGAAAUUCGACUUGACUUCAUUUCUUGACGGAUGCCUUAAAUUCAUAGAAGAUGCCCUUUCCAGUGGAGGCUCUGUUUUUGUCCAUUGUAACGCCGGUAUUUCUCGUUCUGUUGCAGUGGCGAUCGCCUAUUUAAUGCAUGCCAAACGAAUACCAUUCGAAGAUGCUUUUCAGCAUAUCCGCGCUUGUCGCCCCCGUGCCCAACCGAACGCCGGAUUCAUCGCUCAGCUGCAACAGAUUGAAUUUAAACCGCGCAUGAAAGAACAUUGCUAA